GAGUGGUCGAGCCAGGCGCGGGCGACGCUGCACUUUUUCACGGCCUCGCUGAGCUGGCUGGACGUGGUGGACGUGGACUUUGUCUCCGUGGACGGCUCCACCAUUAUCACGCUGCGCUCCUUCUCCUCGGGCCUGCUGCCCGUCAGCCUGCCGCUGGCGCCUCUCCUCAACGCGUGCCUGUUCUUCUUCCCGUUUUACGAUUUCGACCAGAACCGGUGCUGGAUCGGCGCGUUGAAGCAGGUGUUUGACCUGGAGAUCACCCUGAUGCGCCAGUACCGGCCCUGCUAGUGACCAGUGACCGGCGCUGGGUGCGGCGGCCGGCGGACGGCCAUGUGUGGCCGGUGAUAGCAGCCGUCCCCGUCCCUCUGGGUGGACGAGGACCCCGGCGGUGGACCGGAGCCGGGCCUGUCUGCGGGUCAGUAAUGCGGUCUCUGCGCCGGGUCCAUAAUCGGCGCUGGAUGGGGCCGGACGACCGAGGGGGCGGCGGUGUUCCCAGGCACCAUUAUUCCGGCUGAUGUGAUGCAGGGGGUGUGUAUGUAGAUAAGGCGUGUUUGUGUAUUAGGAUGCUGUGAUGCCGGCACCGGAAAUGCGUGUAUGUUAGAGACAGCUGCAAAAUAGUGUAUUCCUUGGUUAAGCUGAACUGUGUGAGGUGACUUUAGCAGUGCUGUGAUUGUGGCGCAACUUAUCAUCGACAGAAACAGUGUCGUGAUUUUUACCUGCCGUUACAAACCAGUUGUAUCGGUUGUGUACCUGCAUGUGGUUUAUCUUCCUACAUGUAUUAUCUAUUGAUCAUUAUUUCAAUGAAAGUACCCAUUUCCACCUGAAUAACAUGUGUUAUCAGAAGUGCUAUACAAAGUCCACGUAUCAUGUAUAGGUACCUAUUACAUAUGCAUCAAUAAUAAACGCGUUAUAACUAAAAGCUCAGCACCAGUUCAGUUCUUUGGCUAAACUAAAAUACUCAAUAACGUUCGAUACGAGUGACAAGCAGCACCUGGGAAAGGAAUAACAAAGAGGAGAGCAAAAGUUUUCAACGGACUCCGAUAUAAAACAUGUUUCUCUUAAAAUAAGCACCUAUGCAAAUAAAAGGCCUCGCUGGACCUUGGGUACAAUAAGAAUAUCGCUUAAGGACAUUGACACUGAAUGGCGAACAAAUCAUUUUAACAUUAGUAAAGAACACUAUAUUUACAAAGCCAAGUGCAGCUGUAGGUAGAUAUAUAGGUACGAUUUAUAUAGGCAUGCAUGGUUUGAGAGGGAAGGAGAAGGGCAUUAAACCGCCAAAAUGUGAAUGAUGCAUAUAAUCUUAUAAAUCAAAAUCAAAUCGAAUCAGCGUCCUGCGCAAAACCCUGACACGUCUCACUGAAAGAACAUCACCUUCGCCAACGUUUAGAAUCACCGUCCCAGGUGAGAAACAUAUCAUCCAUUUUCAACUCAGGGAGCGUCAAGUGUAAUCAAAACACCCGGCCAGUGUCUGCCGAGUUGGUUUGUCGACUUCCCGUCUACGCACGGGGAGCGGCGCCACGGGACGCACUCUCGCGCCAGUGAUCCGUUCUUCUGUCGAGCAGCGCACACGUGCCGCGCGCGGCGCCCGCUGAUGACGUCGUCAAUCAGGGCUGCGGGGCGCGCCAGGUGACGUCACACCGCGCGGCGACCGCCAUUGGGCGGUUCCUCUCGAACGCAAACGUACAUAUAGCGCAACAUAGGGAAGUGUUGGCAAGUCGCACACCGACUCCACAGGGCCCAGGUCCUUCUCCGACUGGGAACGAGUGUGCCGCAGAUUUUCACCGAAAUGGCGCACACUCUGUCCUCAACCCUGGCGCUGCUGAGCUGUUUUGGGGCCCUCCAGGCGUCCUCUGCGGACGAGCUGGCCACGGCCGCCUCACACACAGCCCCGCGGCACACGCUGCAUCUCCACCUCUCCGUGGACGAGCUGCGCCACGUGUUCGCCGUCGAGCGCCACGAGGACGUGCCAGAGUACGACCUCUUCCACGUGAGCUCCAGACGAAAGCGCAGCCUCAACGGUCGGCACCGGCGCAGCGUUCACGUGCAAGCGUUCGGUGACCAGAUCGACCUGGACCUGGAGAUGAACCGCGAGAUCGAUAACCGCAUCCGGCUCUUCUACGCCGACGGCGCCGGCAGCGACAUCAACAUCGAGCGCGUCGAGGGCGACACGGACAUGUACGUGGGCGAGCCGUACCAGGACAUAAGUCGCGAGGCGGCGCUGCUGGUCAACCACGCCGACGACGACACGCUGCAGCUGAACGGCGUGGUGUCCGACCUGGUGAUCGCGCCGGCACCGAGGCACGUGCACCACCACUACCCGUCGUCCCAUGACGACGACGCGCUGCUGGCUGACGACCAGGAGCCGCUGGACGAGUCCGAGAGCCACGAGAGCACGGCCCGGCUACGCCAGCGCCGCUCGACACCGCCGGUCACACGAGGACUGCACGUCAUCUACAAGCGCGCCGCCUCGCCGUCGUCGUCCACCGGCUCGGCUCCCAUCGACCACGAAGAUUCUUCGCUGCUGGUGGAGAAGGAGCCGGCAGCCAGUGAAGACUCUGUGACGGACGAGUCGCCCAGCCGCAACAAGCGCAGCACGCCGUCACUCUACCCAGAGGUGCUACUGAUAGUCGACUAUCAGACAUACGAGGCGCACAACUUUGAUGCCAAGGCCGUGAAACGCUACAUGAUGACCUUCAUGAACGCUGUUGAUUUGCGCUACAAGUCUGCCGAGCAGCCGUCCAUCACCAUCAAGGUGGCCGGCAUCGUCAUCAGCAAAUCCAAGGAAGCCACCCCAUAUCUGGAGAAGCACAUGGUAACAAGCACAGAUCUGGACGCCGUCAACGCUCUCUCUUCCAUCGGCAAGUACUUGUUCAACGAAAAGCGGUUCCCCACCUACGAUGCUGCCAUGGUUAUAACGAAACGUGACAUGUGCACGCGCAGAAACGGCAGAGGCACCUGCAACAAAGUGACGGCUGGCUACGCAUACGUCGGCGGUGGUUGCAGCAUCAGCAACUACCACAAAAAGAUCAACUCGGUGGCUCUGGUAGAGGAUUCGACUGGUUUCUCCGGCAUCAUCGUGGCCGCGCACGAGAUCGGACAUCUGCUGGGAGCCGUGCACGAUGGCUCACCGCCGGCAGCGUACCUGGGCGGGCCGGGAGCCCGCUCUUGUCCCUGGAAGGACGGCUACAUCAUGUCCGACAUGCGGCGCGACCACAAGGGCCUCAAGUGGUCGGUGUGCAGUCUCAAUCAGUUCGCCCACUUCGCCAACGACAAGCGUUCAAAGUGCAUGCACAACCACGCCAAGAAACCGGCCAGCCUGCCGUCGGCCAAGAAGCUGCCCGGCAAGCUGAUGACCGUGGACGCGCAGUGCAAGCGGGACCGCGGCUCGAGCGCUUGCUUCAAGGACCACCGCGUGUGCGCUGAGCUGUACUGCUUCGAGCCGUCCAGCGGCUACUGCGUGUCGUACCGGCCGGCGGCAGAGGGCUCCGCCUGCGGCCGCGGCCUGCACUGUAUCAACGGCCAGUGCGUGGCCGACAGCUUCUACUACUAGCUGCCGCUGCUGCUGCUGCUGCUGCUGCUGCUGCUUGUUACGUGCAGGCUGGCCCGCGGGCGGGUCCAGCCAACUCUCAGGUACCUGACACAACUAAUUUGUUGUUUUCAUCGUUACCUGGUGACUGGAACUAUAAGGUCAUACGGUGUAUUUACAAUGCUGCCAAGUAUUACCAGAUAUUUUCUACCGAAUAGUUUCAAUAAGCACAUGUUCAUAAGCAUGUGUGAAACAUUUACUUAUUAACAGGAUCUCAUAAAUGCGCAUAAAUGUUUAUGUUGAAUUCAGUAGCAACUUGUGAUAGACGCAUGUGUGCGAGUUUCAGCUGACAUGUUUGAAUGCAUUGUUGAUGUAUGUUUGAAUUGAUAUAUAGUUGAUCUUUUUUAAAUAAACAUGUACACAUAUAGUAUAACAAGUUC